AUGCUGGUCUUCCAGAACGAUAUAUCAAUUAGGAUGUUGAAAUGCCAUGGAAUUCAGUAUUUCAAAUACUGGAUCAGGUUCUUUAUACAGGACUGGAAACGACUUCAGCAGAUACACAAAGCCUUACACCGAUUUGAUGAAUUUACCAGGCUUAUAUCAAUGCAAAGCCCACAAAUCAGCUUGUCCUUGGCAGUGUACUAUGAACUCUCCGAUCUCUUACAAGAGAUUAGAGAUAGAGAGAAUGACUUCCAAGAUUUUGACCUUGAUAUUUCAAGAGCAGCGGCAUCAGCUAUUGAGAAAUACCAGAAGUAUUACUCUUUUAUGGAUGAUUCUAAUACAUAUUAUGCAGCUGCAAUUCUGGAUCCUCAGGUUAAAACCCGACUUUUAGAACAUGAAAUUCCAAAUUCAGAUGCAAGGACCCUUAUUUAG